UUGCAUCGAGACUGUCGAUCGGCCUAAAGAUGAAGCGUGGCCAUGAUAGACACCCGAGAUGCCGUUUCUUCCUUCACACAUCAGUCUCAGUCUAGAAUGUAGACUGAUGUAGGCAAGUCCUCGGAGUGGGUUGUGCUGGAAAGGAAAGGCAUAAAACGUCAAGCGAUCCUUUUGAAACAAGGAAUCUGCUGCGCAAAAUGUGCGGAGCCCUAACGCUGCUGUUGUUACCAGGAAGAGACAUUCAUCUGUACUCUCGCACACAAGAGUUCUUCCGGUGGCUCAGCCAUGGCCUGUGUUUAUAAAAGCCUUCGACUUUCUACCUUCUAGUCCAAGGGUUCUGACCUACACAGUAUGGAAGGCAAUGCAACAGACAAUCCAGCAUUCAUCACGGAAAAAAUCUUCAACUACAGAAAGCCUGAGACAGCCACAGGAACAACAUCCCCAAAGUGAUUUAAUACUCAGUGAUAGCUGUGUUAAGCAAUUGAAAGCCAUUACAAAAGAUGACAAGUCAUUCUUGCGAAUUGUUGUUGAGGGUGGUGGCUGUUCUGGCUUUCAGUACAAGUUUGACUUGGACAAAGAAGUGAAGGAAGAUGACAGAGUAUUUGAAAAGGAUGGAGUAUGUGUGGUAAUCGAUACAGAAUCUCUCGAAUAUGUACGUGGGUCUACUGUGGAUUACCAUGCAGAACUUAUACGGUCAGCAUUUCGUGUCAUCAACAAUCCUCGUGCUGAGCAAGGUUGUUCAUGUGGGUCUUCCUUCUCUGUCAAGCUGUGAUCAAAGUUUUUUAACAAAUAUACAAACGAUACGUUUUCUUGGACAUAUGGUACAAAAAAAAACAACCAACAACCAAAGGUUUGUGAAAACUGAGCUUUAGAGCCACAAUUUUUAGAUAAACUUUAGCUGACUUGUAUGUUUUGUGUAUAGAACAAAUUCAUCAUGUUUAUUCAAAGAGCAGAUACAGAGGGUAAUAAAUAUUUAUUGCACAGA